AUGUCUUCUACUACCACCACGAGUCUUGGCCUGAAGCCAUACACCCCGCCGCCACAAACUAAGGAAGACUUGCAAUGGGCCGAUCUUGAGGGCCUCGAUAUCUCCCUGCUCGAUAAGCCAGGCGGCAAAGAAGCGUUGGCAAAACAAGUCUUGAAAUUCAUCAAUACAAAUGUAUCCAGGAAAGAGGAUACUGAGGAUCAAAAAACUGACAUCGUUGCUUACAAAGGGUUCUUUUAUGUCACCAACCAUGGACUUACAAACGAGCAAGUCAACCGCCAAUAUGCCAUUGCCGAUGCGCUUUUUGAGCUGCCCCUCGAAGAGAAGUUGAAGUACCUCUGCAACAGCGAAGUGGGAGAUUUUAGGGGAUACAAGCCGCGUUCGACCGGCGAGCUCAGUGCACGCGAUAACGAUGAGCGGUACAAUAUCCCUAAAUUCACAAAAGAGCAUGAGCGAGAGCAUCCCCAGUUGAUAUGGGAUUAUUACGAGGAAAUCAAAGAGUUUUCCUUGUACAUUCACAACAAAAUUCUCCUGCCAUUACUUCGUCUUUUCGCAUUCGUGCUAGAAAUUGAUGAAGAGUCUCUUGUGCAAAUCCAUCGGUACGAAGAAAAGGGGCUUGAAUAUCUGAGAUAUAUGAAGUAUUAUCCGCGGUCAGUCGAAGAAGAUGCCAAGCUAGGUAAUCUCUGGGCUAAGGGACACACUGACUACAACACAUUGACCUUCCUCUUCCAUCAGCCAGUGGCAGGUCUGCAAGUACUCCAAAACCCCGAAGAUAGCACGUCAUGGAGAUAUGUCAAGUCAGAGCCUGGGUCCAUUAUUGUCAACAUUGCAGAUGCUCUUGAAUUUUUGAGCGGCGGGUUCUUAAAGUCUACGGUUCACCGUGUUGUACGCCCGCCUCCUGACCAAGCAGAGAAGCCAAGACUGGGGUUGAUAUAUUUUGCAAGACCAGAGGCUGCGAUUCGCAUGGAGCCUCUCAAGAGCCCAUUGUUGCAGAGAAUGGGCAUACAAGUGCCUGAGGACCAUUUGAAGGCAUUGGAGGGUGUGACAACUGAAGAAUGGGCUCGAGCUAGGAUUGCAAAAGAUCAUCGAUUCAGGACUGGGAUUGUUAAUCAACCGGAGAGAGAUAUUUUUGCUGGGGUUCCGCAGAAGUACUAUGACUGA